GCCUGUCGAUGGCCGGUGGAGUGUACGGGCGUCUGCUGCUGCCGGCUCUCUGCAUGAUCCUUACCACACUGCUGGGAGGAUCAUCGGCCGAGCCAGAUACCGAGUUGGCGGAUCGUCCGAAAACGGCCUACCUUGGCUGCCACAAACGGUUGUUCACGUACCGGGUGUCCCAGACGGACAGUAAGGGACGUGAGUGCUGGGAUCACGUCAGCGUACUGUCCUGCUGGGGUCGAUGCGAUUCGAACGAAAUUUCCGACUGGCGCUUCCCUUACAAACGGUCCCAUCAUCCGGUGUGUGUACAUGCCGGACGGACGAAAGCGGUAGCGCUGCUGCGCCAUUGCCAUCCGGAUGCGGAUUUGGCGGCGCGGCAGUACGAAUACAUGGAACCGAAAUCGUGCAACUGUCAGACCUGCUCCAGUACCGAUACGAGUUGUGAAGGACCUAAACAACUCAACACGGAAGCUGUGACAAAGAUAUUUCAGAUCGACGAAGAAGACACAGAACCGGAAUAUCCGUAA